UCAAGGAUGUGAAGUGGAGCUCGGUGGCCGUUCCGCUCGACCUGCUGGUCAGCACUUACCGGCUGCCCCAGAUCGCGCGGCUGGACAGCGGAGAAUGCAUAGAAGGGCUGCGAGAAAAUGACUACCUUCUCAUUCAUUCGUGCCGUCAGUGGACAACUAUCACUGCCCAUAGCUUGGAGGAGGGGCACUAUGUCAUCGGGCCAAAGAUAGAGAUUCCGGUACAUUACGCAGGACAAUUCAAGCUGCUGGAACAAGACCGAGAUAUAAAAGAGCCAGUGCAAUAUUUCAACAGUGUGGAGGAGGUGGCUAAAGCAUUUCCUGAACGCGUGUACGUCAUGGAGGAAAUAACAUUCAACGUGAAGGUUGCUUCGGGUGAAUGCAACGAAGACACCGAAGUUUACAACAUCACCCUGUGUACUGGGGAUGAACUCACUCUAAUGGGGCAGGCAGAAAUCCUUUAUGCAAAGACUUUCAAAGAAAAGUCACGACUCAACACAAUAUUCAAAAAGAUUGGGAAGCUCAAUUCCAUCAGCAAGCUGGGAAAAGGCAAAAUGCCAUGCCUUAUUUGCAUGAAUCACCGGACCAAUGAAAGCAUUAGCCUUCCUUUCCAGUGCAAGGGCAGAUUUAGCACCCGAAGUCCCCUGGAACUUCAGAUGCAGGAGGGCGAACACACCAUCCGAAACAUCGUGGAGAAAACCAGGCUUCCCGUGAAUGUGACUGUGCCCAGCCCUCCGCCGAGGAACCCAUACGACCUCCACUUCAUCCGCGAGGGGCACCGCUACAAGUUUGUGAACAUCCAGACCAAGACAGUGGUGGUUUGCUGUGUGCUGCGGAAUAACAAGAUCCUCCCCAUGCACUUCCCUUUGCACUUGACUGUCCCCAAGUUUAGCCUCCCGGAACACCUGGUAAAGGGAGACGUAUGGCCCGAAACCCUGGUCCAUCACUGGCUGGGUAUCUGCCAAGAGCAGUUUGACAUCGAUGAGUAUUCACGGGCUGUCCGGGACGUCAAAACUGACUGGAAUGAGGACUGCAAGAGCCCCAAAAAGGGCCGGUGCUCCGGCCACAACCAUGUGCCCAAUUCCCUUAGCUACGCUCGCGAUGAGCUCACGCAGUCGUUCCACCGGCUCUCGGUCUGUGUGUAUGGCAACAAUCUCCAUGGCAACAGCGAGGUGAACCUCCAUGGCUGCAGGGACCUGGGGGGAGAGUGGACCCCCUUUCCUCAUGACAUCCUGCCCUAUCAGGACUCGGGUGAUAGUGGGAGCGACUACCUUUUCCCAGAAUCUAGUGAAGAAUCUGCAGGCAUGCCAGGGAAGUCAGAACUUCCUUAUGAAGAGCUGUGGCUGGAGGAAGGCAAUCCCAGCCAUCAGCCUCUCACUCGCUCCCUGAGUGAGAAGAGUAGAUGUGAUCAGUUUAGAGGUUCUGUCCGAUCUAAAUGCGCAACUUCUCCUCUUCCUGUUUCUGGAACUCUGGGAGCAGCAGUGAAGUCUUCAGAGAUUGCCCUACCUCCACCUCCAGUGCCUCCCAAAUCUGAAGCCGUCAGGGAAGAGUGCCGGCUCCUGAACGCCCCACCUGUUCCACCCCGAAGCGCAAAGCCUUUGUCCACCAGCCCCUCCAUCCCUCCUCGCUCAGUCAAGCCAGCGCGGCAGCAGACUCGCUCUCCCAGCCCCACCUUGUCCUACUAUUCAUCAGGGCUGCACGACAUUGUUACUAAAAGCAACACAAGUCCUUCUGAAAGUGCACCUGUUUCCUGCUAUCCAUGUACCCGAGUGAAAACCGAUUCUGUGGACCUGAAGUCCCCCUUUGGAAGUCCUUCUGCUGAAGUGCUCUCCUCCAGGCUCUCAUGGCCUAACCAUUAUUCGGGGGCAUCAGAGAGCCAGACCAGAAGUGACUUCCUGCUGGAUCCAAGCCGGAGUUACAGUUAUCCUAGACAAAAGACACCGGGCACACCAAAGAGAAACUGCCCAGCACCUUUUGAUUUUGAAAGCUGUGAGCUCUCGGCCAGUCCCAGCAGCUCAGUCACUGCAGAAUUCAGUAGCAGCGUUUCUGGUUGUCCCAAGUCAGCCAGCUACUCUCUGGAGAGCACAGAUGAGAAAACUCUUAGAGCUGGCACGACAAAGCAGAGUAUUUCAUGCCCUGCCUUACCCCCCAGGGCCCCAAAACCAGUGGAAGAGAAAGCCGCGUCCGAAACAUCGCCUUUGCCUCUGAAAAUCGAUGGUGCUGAGGAAGACCCCAAGUCUGGGUCAUCGGACCUCUCUGAGGACCAGUAUUUUGUUAAAAAGGGCAUGCAGGACAUCUUCUCAGUCUCUUACCCUUUCUCAUCUCCGCUCCACCUCCAGCUGGCCCCUAGGUCCUGCGGCGAUGGCUCCCCGUGGCAGCCCCCUGCUGACCUGUCGGGACUCUCUAUAGAAGAAGUGUCCAAGUCGUUACGGUUUAUUGGUUUGUCUGAAGAUGUCAUAUCAUUCUUUGUUACCGAAAAGAUUGAUGGGAAUUUGCUUGUUCAACUAACGGAAGAAAUCCUUUCAGAGGAUUUCAAAUUAAGCAAACUGCAGGUGAAGAAAAUCAUGCAAUUCAUUAAUGGCUGGAGGCCCAAAAUAUAGCCAAAAAACCCCAGCUAGCAUUGAACAAAACUAAUAAAUUUGUGUGCUAGAGGGGACGGGCUGGGACACAAUUUCAUGUUUUUUUUGCACUAAAAACCUUCUCUGUACAUAAGGAUAAGAGAAACUCUUACUAUGCAGAUUACGUUUUUGAAUGGUGAACAGGCUAUUUUGUACAUCAAUAAAAAUGCUGUACAGAACACUUAGAGGUGCGCCUUGUACAUCACUCAACACUCAACAGCUGCUAAAAGACAAAAGGCAUGUUCAGAAAACUAAUUCUUACCCAAGCGGGUUUAUGUGAGAAGGUAUGGUAUUUAUUACAAAAUAGCCAAAGCCGAAAGAAUCUUAAAAAAAAAAAAAAAAAAAAAACCACUUUUGAACAACAAUUUCUUCCUUUGGGGGAAUUGUCUUUAAACAAUUAACUCUAUUCUGUGCUCUGUUGUUCGAAUUGCUCAACGCUAAUUGUUUUAUUCUUGUGCCUGACAAUGUUAGUAAUAUGAAAUGACACUUUAAUGUUAUAUGCUUGGCGGGGAUCUUUUUAUCAAAAGGCAUUUUCCAAAAGUCAUGUGUUGAUAGAUGAUAUAUGAUGUCCUUUGAAAAAUUCAAAUCAUGACCACAGUAAUUUAUCUGUAACUGCUGCUAAUUUUAUUGAGCAGAGGAAAAAAAAAAACAAUAGAUACAUAUAUGUAUAUGUAAACACAAUACAAAUGUAUAUGUUUUAAAUAUCAUUUCCAGACUGGUAUUUUAGAUAACAUCUCUUCACCUUCAAAUAUCUACUGAGGUUUGGGGCCAUUAACUAAGUUGACUCUCUAGUAGACAAAAUAACGCAAAGGUUCUCAGAGCCCUGCCCCUCGAAGCUCAGGCUUAUUAGGGCUUCAUCACUGCAAACUUGGAAGAAAUCAGUAGAGAGGCUGUAUUAAAGAAUUAAAUUUAAUUUUAAGCCCAUCGUGGGGCUAUGUUUUGCAUAUAAUACCCUUGCGUCGCUGUCUGGGGAAAUGACCAUUUCUGUCAAAUGGUCAUUCUUCUUGGGUUUGAGGGUCAGUUCUCCUGGUAUCUGAUCACGCGAGGACUGAAGAGCGUUGCUCAGAGUGUGUUAGGUGUUCUCAGCUUGCUUUGUGUUUAGGAGAGAGCUCAGAAAUCAGACAUACCGUCUUCGGUUAUUACAUGGGCUACAUCCGUUGAGUAAUUUUUACAGUAUCGAUAAGAAUACUUUGUUUAGUUCAUAAACCUCUUCUUUCUCUCUUCCAGAGAAGAUACAUUAUUACCAUACUUUUAUUCCAGGAAUUUCAGAACAUUAUUCGAGAAUUUUUGCCAAACAUGACUAAGUAUUCCAAAGUAUAAUGGCCUUGUCAUCAUUCUUGACUUUUUGAAGGAAUAUAAUUCUUUAAAAAGUUUUAGUUUUCCAAGCAAGCCAUCACCCAUAGCCCUGCCUUUCCCCGGAGUCUGUCCCCAGUUUCUGGAUGUACAGACAGUCUGUGACUGAGGGCAGCCAACCAGGUGUCAGCAUGCCUUGCAGGAUUGGCUUAUAUCUUAUCUUCUGCUCUUCCUGCUCACUGAAAUAAAUUAACAAAUAUAAAGACAAGACCCACCUGUCUACUUUUGCAAACCUGUUCAAUAUGGCUUUAUUUCUUAGUAUUAAUGAUAUUUUUCAUCCAUCUCAUGGUUUAGAAUUGAGGUGAUGAAUUGAUAUCUCUCCUCAUUUUCCAUCUUAAAUCUCCUUUAAAAAAAAAAAAAAAAGAAA